UAUUUGGAAGCAAACACCUUCCCAUGAGCAUUUUGCACUUCCUCAUUUUGUUGGGGUUGUUUUUUUGGCUAGGUGAGUGAUGCGUCAAACCACCCCCAUGAUGUUAUUUCUUUGUGGAAUGCUGCUGAAAGGAUGUUUUCAGUGUUUCCUGCAAGAGCCAAACACUUUUUUUUUUUUUUCCUCUCUGGAGAGAAAAAUCCCCAAGGAUUCCCAUGUGAUGGGAAGGAUGUGUUGGUGGGGAGCGCCACCGCUGGGCUUGCAUCUCUUUUUCACUCUUCUGCUUUUUAGAUCUAGUUUCUGCAUUUUCUCUCUCUGGUUUGAACUGUGGCUUUGGGUUCACCUGUUUAUGUGCACAUUUGGAGCUGCAGGAGAGUGAAGUGAGCAAGUGAAGGUGCGCAUCGCCAAAGAGCAGCUGUGAAUGGAAAGAACAGGUAUGUUUGCUAUGAAUUUUAUCAAACCCUUACCAAAAGCUCUUUAGCUUUAAUACCUUUUAGUCUGCCAUUUGUCAUCUCCUGGGUUGCUGGAGUCCCUUUCAGGUGCUGAAGCACUGGCAGGACUUGUUGACUGAGCAAAAAGGGCUCUGCAGGAGCCUGAAUCGCCACUUUUAAUUUGUUUUAAAACUUUUAGAUCUUUUCAUCCCACUUGAAUCUUAUUUUACCUCCCUUAUCUUGUUUUACCACUGUGUUUACCAGCUUAACUGCUCUUUUUUUAAAUCUGGGUUAUUAAUUAAAAGAGUUGUUCCUCCUUGGAGUUAAGUGAAUCAAGUUUGUGAUCACACUUGAGCAGAAUGCUUUUGUGCACUUUAAGUAGUACCAAGAGCCAAAGCAAAACUCUGCAGCCCUGCACGUCCCCACUGGGAAGAAACGACCAGAAAUGGGGGCAAAAUUCCUUGAGAGGUAACUCCACCGGCUGUGCAACCAUCCGGCUGCCCAGCGCUUGCUGUUAUCACAUGCCGAGGAAAGGAUCACGUGAAGAGGCGGAGAGUCAGCCCUGCAGAGCUGGGGUGGCAUCGUCGUCUGGCUGGUGGGAUCCUGGGAGCUUCUGCCUCUGAUGGCGUCUGUAACCCAGCAUCAGAUCCAACAGUUCCGUGAGGAUGGCUUCCUUGUCCUAGAGCAUUUUUUCACUGCAGAGGAGUGUGACAGCAUGAGGAAGCAGAUUCAGAGAAUCAUAGCGGAGAUGGAAGUGCCGCCGCACUGCCGCACCGAGUUCUCUACCAAGGAAGAGGAGCAGCUCCAGGUGCAGGGUAGCUCGGAUUAUUUCCUAACCAGUGGAGACAAGAUUAGAUUCUUCUUUGAGAAAGGCGUUUUGGAUGAGAGAGGUAACUUCCUAAUUCCAAAAGAGAAAUCCAUCAGCAAGAUUGGCCAUGCUUUACAUGCUUACGAUCCUGUCUUCAAGCAAAUCACCCACUCCUCCAAGGUGCAGGAAUUGGGAAGAAAACUAGGCCUUGAGAGACCAGUAGUUGUGCAAAGCAUGUACAUCUUCAAGCAACCUGGCAUUGGUGGUGAAGUGACCCCGCAUCAGGAUGCCACCUUCCUGCACACGGAGCCUCUGGGCAGAAUCCUGGGGUUCUGGAUUGCCCUGGAGGAUGCCACGCAGGAGAAUGGCUGCUUGUGGUUCAUUCCGGGUUCUCACACCAGUGGAAUUACUCGGAGAAUGGUCCGUGCAGCUCCAGGUGCCUCAACACGUGUAGAAUUUGUAGGGUCAGAGCCAACCUACGAUAACAGCCGGUUCAUACCUCUGCCUAUAAAUAAAGGUGGGCUCAUUCUCAUCCAUGGUGAAGUCGUCCAUAAGAGUGAACUGAACAGCUCAGAAUCUUCUCGCCACGCAUUCACCUUCCAUGUGAUGGAAGCCAAAGACACCAGCUGGAGUAAAGAGAACUGGCUCCAGCCAACUCCUGAACUGCCUUUUCCAUCGCUCUACACUUGAAGUUAGUGAUUGGCUUCUGGAGUCAAUAGCUGAUCAAUAUUCCUUUCUGAUCAUUCGUUCAUGUUCUCUUUCAAUACAACUUUCACUAGAUCAGCUCUCAAGAUUAAUUUAUCCUCUUCUCGGAACGAGGACCCUUGACAUUGCUGAAUAUACCAGCGUUAGACAGAAGCUUCUACUACAGCAUGAGCCCUGCUAGCAUGAGAACGGUCGUCCAGUCCUUUUGAUAUGGAAACUUCUUUCGUCUUGAGAAUAGACUGUUAAAGGCAAUUGCACCUUGGCUGGGACCAGAUAAGAAGUGUUUCUUCUUGCAGAUACUCAGCAUUUUUUUCUGUUUAAGCCAAGAGCACGUCUGGUGCAUUUCUUGGCUGUGUCAAUCCCAGCAGUGCAGGUGAAGGUGUCAUGUGAAGAUGGCUGACUUUUACCCUUAGGUCCCUGUGCUGUUGUUUGGAUUAUAGUGAUUCAAAUAAUCCUAUUGUGGGCAAAAUGAAUCAGGAAGUCUACUUUUGUAAUCAAUCUUCUAAGUAUUUCCAGCAAACUGAGUGUUUGAUCUCUGGGGUUGUGUUGAUUAAAAAUAUUACAGUUCUUAAAGAUUCAUGUUGAAAUUAUGAAAGCAAAAACCCCCAAUGAAACUCCUAACAUUUAAUUAAAAAUAUAUAAAUUCUCCUUUUCAUUUCCCUCAUCUUUUCUUUGAGGAAGACACAGUGUGACCUUCUCCCAGCAGACAGGGGUAGUGCUAAUUUGUCAGAUGAGUGGUCUGAACUCUCAAUGUGCACAAGAACAAUUACUAUCCCCCAAGCCCCACAAAACCAAACCAACUUACAGCAAGGUGAAACCUAAGGACUGUUAAGAAAUGUAAAUCACAUCUGAGGCAAGCUCAAGCCUGUAUCCUAAACUGAGCAGAAGCAGUGUAGGUGUAACUUCACUGGCACUGGUGCAGUGGCAAGCCUGAGGUAUGAGCCCGGUCUCAUCAAUGCACUAAUUGCAUUGUAGUAACCUUAAGAUUGCUCGGAGUCCUGGCAGAGUGAGCCCCAGUUCUUACUGACUCAUCCCUUUUAAAAGUAUGUCGCCUGUCUCUGGCCUUUGUUUGAUGAGAAAUAGUCAAAUUUGGUUUCUUUCAGCCCUUUGGGCUUUGCUGGGCAAUGCAGAAUAGGUUUAGUGCAGCAAAGAAUUCAUCACAGAGGAACGAUCCGGUGGCUGUAGUAGGAAUUAGGCAGCUGGGUAACGGCACCAGCAGUAACGUUCGAAGUUUCUGCAGGUAUGGCUGCUGCCCUUCCCUUAUCUUUUCUACAGUUUGUUGGAAAGUUGUGAGUGGGGUGGAGGGGAAGUGACUUCCUUUAACUCUGGUGCUAUUUUAUGGUGUUAGUGGUGAGGGCUGCGGCUUGUGAUGGCAGCAGCUAAAGCUUUUCCUGUAUCAUUCCAUUAGAAGAGUUAAUAAUUUAGAAUUAUUAUGAGAAUUAUGAGGAGCGAUAGUUUGUCCUCUGAUUAUAUGCAUUGCGACCUGCAAUGUACAAACACACGUAGUUCAAGUGCCUAAAUAAAAGCAAGAAGCUGGAUUGGAUUUGCAGGAUUUCCUGUUAAAUGUGAGGGGAAACUCCAUCUAGUGCAGUUACUGAGUUUGGUUUCCUACAAAGAUUACCUGACAAUUUAUCACAUCAUAAACCAACUCCGGAUGAUUUUGACAACCUCAGGAAAAUUAGUUAACAUGGCUCAGGAGCUCUGCCCAGGCAGGGGGGUAAACUGGGGGACAGAGCCUCUCGGCUAUUCGAGCCCUGGCUUGUUGCAGGGACAAACACAAUACUAGAUUCUGGAGCCAAUUUUGCUGGCUGAGAGCACUGGUUUCACUCCACCCCAGUCUUAUUCUCACUCCUAAGACACAAUCUCAUGGCUAGGACUGCAGGACAGUAUUGUGUAAGGUAUUGUGGACUCACACAAAACUGUUCCCAAAAAUGAAUAGAAGUGUCAGAAGUUAACUUCAUCCUGCAAAUGAGAAUCCUGGAAUGCAAGUCUGCUUGGACACUUCUCAGGGGAAGGGAAGAGGCAGGGUGGACAGGUGCUGAUGUGUCUUGUUCUAAUGGACACUUGGCAAACUGGCGAGAAGAGAUUGUCAAUACAGAAGGAUUUUAUACGUAAAAAUUACAGGUGUGUUUUGGCCACAGGAUAGUUAUAAUUUUAAUUA